GAAAGCUAACUCCACAGCGUUCACCGGCCUGCGUGGCACUCAUUUAUGUUAUACUCCUAUAAAGACAUUUCUGAAAAAUAACUGGCGCCGCAAAUGGAUGCUAGACAAAAUGUAAUAGUUCUCACUACCAUAGUGAUAUGAGUCAACUCUAGCGCCUUCUCUUCUGGUAUAUGAAAUGCAAUUUUGCGAGUUGGGGGGAUCUAGCCAUUUCUGUACUCUAUUUAGAACUGCAUGCCAUCAAUAAAGAUGGACGCUAUAGUUCACUACACCAAGACAAUGUCGUCAUGUACAAGACGUUGCGUAACCAGGCUUCAGUCAUCUGUCGUCUGAACUGAUUGGCUGAGUAGUAAUUGUUUGACGUUAGUACUAACCAAUCAGAGAAAAAUAAACCAGGAAGCUUUAAAUGUCUGAUGGACUGUGAAAGAAGAGUGGAUGCUUUGGGUCCAUGAUAUCAGGAUGAAAACUGAAGCUCCAGAAUUUGGCAAUUAGAUUCAGUCUUAAAACUCAUUCUAAUCCCAUUCGGUCACCAAUCAACAACUCUUCUUCUGGGCGUCAAUAACCCUCAAAUUCUGUUUAAAUGAGAAUGUCCCUGGCGCAGAGAGUUCUGCUCACGUGGCUCUUUACACUACUCUUCUUAAUCAUGUUGGUGUUAAAGCUGGAUGAGAAGGCUCCCUGGAAUUGGUUUAUCAUUUUUAUUCCUGUAUGGAUAUUUGACACUAUACUUCUGGUAAUGUUAAUUGUAAAGAUGGCUGGCAGAUGUAAAUCUGGCUAUGAUCCGAGGAACGGGGCUCAACAUUUAAAGAAAAAGUCCUGGUAUCUGACUGCUAUGCUCCUAAAAUUGGCAUUUUGCCUUUCUCUAUGUGCUAAGCUGGAACAGGCCGCUAAUAUGUACUUAUGCUUUGUUUUUAUUCCAUUAUGGAUCCUUCUGCUUGGUGGAUUAAUUGAACUUGGAUACAACGUGUUUUACGUAAGAAGGGACUAAAUACUACAGCCAUGCACUAAGUAAUUCUACUUUGCUGUUGUCUGUUUUUGUCUCACUAAGAUUUUGGCAAACCAAGACAUGGGUAAUCUCCAUAAUUAUACAGCAUUACUUAAGACCAGUGUACUUUUGCUGAGGCAUGUAUGUUCUUAACUUUUUAUGUACAUUAUUUUAAAAAAUAAUUUUGUCCAUUGCUUUCCUUAAGAGACUUUGCAAGAAUUGUGUGGCUCUGAAUGCAUCAAAAGCUGGAAUUCAAGGAAUGUGUCUGCCAAUAGCUCAGGCAAAGAAACAAUGUAACUAUAAGUUGUAAAUAUUUAAUAAAUAAAACUCAAACUUUAGCUUUAUUUGAAUUUUAUAUAUAUAUAUAUAUAUAUAUAUAUAUAUAUAUAUA